AUGGCGCAACAAAAGACUUCUGAAGCAUGUGGUAUCAGCAUCGGCAGUGUUAAAAUAAUAACAUCGGAAGGUUCUAAAGCCCCUUUAGAUCCAGAAACUGAAGGACCGAAAUUUACCUCUCCUCGUAAAACAUUCAAACGAAUUAAAUUUGCUACAGAUAUUGAUGACUUUGACCAAGAGGUUGUACAACGGACGGUCCACGAGUAUUAUGAUAAAGGUGAGUUUCCUACAUCCUUAAAAUUUUUAUCUAAAUUUCAAGAAAAAACUGACUACAAAGGUUCUAAAACGUCAAUGUGGAGAAUUUUGAAGUCAUUAAAAUUUAGGUACAAAAAAUGCAAUGACGGCCGUCGAUUUCUGAUGGAGAGAAACGAUAUUGUCGCUAUGCGUGUACGGUUUUUGAGACAAAUGGUUAACCUUCGUAAAAACAAUGAUGUUCGACCAGUUGUCUAUUUAGACGAGACAUGGGUGAACCAAAAUCAUACACGGAAUUACAUUUGGCAAAAUUCGGAGGGUAAAGAAGGAUUUAAAGUACCGACAGGCAAGGGAGGUCGGAUUAUUAUUUGCCACGCUGGUUCGAGUUCAUUUGGGUUUGUGAAUAAUUCAAAAUUAGUAUUUCGUUGUAAAUCGGGUCCAACUGAAGACUAUCACUCCCAUAUGAACUCUGUUAUAUUUAAAGACUGGUUCAUACAAAUGCUCAACAAUUUGGAAGAGCCAUGUGUCAUAGUUAUGGACAAUGCACCAUACCACUCUGGUCUUGUUGAUAAUUAUCCAAAGAGUAAUGAAAAAAAAAUCAAUGUCCAAAAAUGGCUACAAGAAAAGGGAGUUCAGUUUUCACCCCUGGAAACGUUACCGGAGUUACGAGAGCGAGUCAAAGAAGUUAAUACCACAAGAAAAAAAAUAUGA